AUGUGCGUAGCCGGACCUGGAUUGCACCUACGUUUGCUAGAGAACAAGUUGACAAGCGUGGCGAAGGACUUGAGAACUGUCAGUUCGCGCACGUGUCUUUGUGAGGCAAGCACUAACUUGAAUAACCUAGUCCGAUUCACACCGGAGGAAAUUGAGGAAUUCAAGAAGGACCACUCAAAAUAUCAGAAAUUCCGAAAGGGUAAGACUUGGAUUUUACAUUUCGUAUUCACCAAGCUAACCUAUGAUUUUCAAGAUGUUGAACUAGCACUACAGUCCAUCCACGGCGCUACUUUGAUUGGAGAUCCUAUGCAAAUUGAAGCUCAUGAUAUUUUUGUCCAGAACAUGAAGCGCCGAUUACGGAACAAGCCAGAGCUUCUCGAUGAGCUUGUCCCAUCUUUCCCCCUGCAUGUCGCCGGCUUACGCCAGGACCUGGCUAUCUCGAGGCCUUGA